AUGCUAAAAAAUACAAAAUUUCAAUAUAUUGAAGAUACUAUUUUACUAACACCUUGGCAUUAUUUUUUUUGGGUUAUUAUAGCACUUAUAGUUUCUUAUAUUUAUAUUGGAAUAUUUUUCAGUCUUCCAUCAUUAUCAGAUUUUUAUAUUAUGUUUUUUGAUAUUAUAGAAGAAAAAAAAAAAAAUAUCAUAAAAAACAUACUUGGUAAAAAUAUUUUUAAUAAAAUAAAAUCACAAAACCUAACAAAAAAUGAAACAAGUAUUAGACACGAACAAACCAUUGGCGGACUUUAUAAUUCAGGAAAUAGUUGUUAUAUAAACUGUAUUCUUCAAUCGUUUGCAUCUUUAAAUGAACUAGAAUAUAUUUUAGAGAAAUUAUCUAAAGAACAUGAUAAUCCUAUUGCAUCAGCUACAUUUUCUAUUAUAUUUAAGCUUAACCAUUCUUCCUCAUUAUCUCAAACACACAGCACUUCCAAACUCAUAAAAACCUUGUCAUUGAAUAAAAAAAAUUUUGGCUAUGAGCAACAGGAUGCUCAGGAAUUUUUUCAGAUUUUAACAAUGCAAUUAAAUGCAGAAAUUUUAAAAAUGUCGAAAAGACACACAGAAAAAGGAUUUUCAGAUUCUAUUAAAACAAGACCAGAAAAUUUCAAUAUCAAAAAUGAAAUAAAAAGUCCAUUUGAUGGACUUAUGGCUAAUAAAUUGGAAUGUAUGAAUUGCGGGUUUUCAGAAGGGAUAAUUCAUUCGUUGUUUACAAGCGUAUCUCUCCCAUUGUCAUCAAAAGAAUUAUGUUCGUUGGAAGAUUGCUUAUCAGCAUAUGUUAAUAAAGAAAUAAUUGAGGAUAUUGUUUGUCAAAAAUGCUCAUUAAUUGCAUCUAAAAGCGAUCUUGAAACUCUUUUAAAAUCUUUACCCGAUCCAGAAAUAUCAGAAACUAUCAAGAAAAAAUUAAAUGCUAUUAUUUCAGCUCUGGAAACAGAUGUUUUAGACGCAGAGUAUCUCAAAGAAUUCAAAUUGCCUCGUCUUGUUAAUACUGUUAAAUCAAAACAGAUCAUGUUUGCUCGUCUUCCUAAAAUUCUAACUCUUCAUAUUAAUCGCUCAACUAUAUCUCCUAUUAAUGGAUCUAUUUACAAAAAUACAGCAUCCAUAACAUUCCCCCUUAUAUUGGACUUAAAUAAAUACACUACAUCAUACUCAAAUUUAUGGAUAGAUCCUUUACAAACAAUGUCUAUACAUGUUAAUCAAAAAAAACCAUUAAAGUACGAAUUAAAAUCAAUAAUUGUACAUUAUGGUUCUCAUACAUCUGGUCAUUAUAUAACAUUUAGAAAAACACCAAAAGGAUGGUUUAAAAUUAGCGAUAAAAAUGUUUGGGCAUGCACAAUUGAAGAAGUUCUUCAAUCAGGAAAUGUUUUUAUGCUAAUGUACGAAGAAAUGAAAAAUACUCUUAAUAUAAAUCAAAUUAUUUACAAUUUUAAAUCAGAAAAUUAUACUAAAUCUUACCCAAUAAAAUAUCUUUCCUCAAUAUUUAAUAACGAAAAAGAAAAUCAAAAUAAAGAAUUUCAAUCAGAUAACAAAACUCAAAAUUCAUCAAACGUUUCAACAAUUAAUGACAUAAACUAUUUAUAUCCAAUAAUGAAAACAUGUAUUACGAGAUCAUCAUUAUAUUCAUCAUUACCUAUAAUGACAAAAAAAAGUUAA